AUGGACGACGUGCGGGUGCAGUGGGUGGGCCAGCGCCUGAAGGAGGCCUUCGGCAUCAAGGAGACGGCCCCCUUCGAGGAGCUGCUCAACCGCAACGACGGCGCCGAGGCCGACCUGCUCCUGCAUUUCCUCAACGUGGGCAGCGCAGGCCAGAAAGGGCAGGCCCUCGCCCUCUUCUUCCGGCAGGAGACCCGCCUCGACGAGGUCGACGUGGAAGUCGAUAUAUCGUUUGAAGAGGCUCUUAGAGAAGCAGAAAGUCGUUCAGAGAAGCUGUAUGGCGUUUCUUCCCUUUCCAUGUCAGGUGGAAAGAAAAGCCGGAAAAGCAGAGGCACUCUGUCUGAUUCUGUGGGAAAACGUAUUACAUCUGGUCAAUCUUCCGCGGGCUCCAUUGGGAAAAGCAAAGCUGACUCAGCACAUACACCGGUUUCAGAGGAAUCAAAAGGUUUUAUGGGUAAAAAAAUUGUAAAACGGGAGGUGUACAAUCAGUAUUAUUACAUGGCUAUGACGGACUUCUCAGACGACUUUGUGGAGAACGACAUUGUGUUUUUUCUCAGAGACACUUCAGAAACUGUUACUGAACCAAAUGACUUAACAGAAGCAAACGACGUUCUUCCAGAAGUCCUGGAGUACGGCAUACUAAACGGUCAUACUUUGGUGAUGCUCAAGCAGCUCUUGGGAUUGGUCUUUCUGCCUGCAAUGUGUCAUAACCAAUAUCACAGAGGUGACCCAGAAGCUGAAAGGUCACUGGUUGGAGGCCUCCCAUUUGUUGGGAGGAUCUUGAUGAGGUCAUCAGGACUAGACAGCCUUCAAAACCUAAGGAACGAGUUCUUAAUGAAUAUGCAGAAAUUCCUAAACCAUGUUCAGAGAACCAUACUACAAAUGGAAGGGGAAAUUAAGUUAAACAUGCCCACGUUAUGCUUAGACGGUGAUUUGAAUGAACUUGCCAGUGAUCGGGAUAUUGUUGAAACACUGGAAAACCUUGCAAAUGGUUGGAUUAAGUUAAUAACGUCAGUAGUUGAAGAACUAGCAAAAAAAGUCCCCCAGGGGAAUGGUCCACUUGCUGAAAUAGAGCUCUGGCAUGAGAGAAGUGCCACUUUGAGUGCCCUUACCGAGCAAAUCAGGUUUCCAGCAGUCCAAAGGGUCUUGGAGGUGCUGGACAUUGCCAACACUGGAAUUGUAGAAAAUUUGCAAGUAGUUGUCAAUGAACUAAGCAAGCAUCAAGUGGAAGCGGUAGACAACGUGAGGUUCCUCUCCACUAUUCAGCGACACCUAAAGAAUUUAACACAUGGAACCAGCUUCAGCGUUGUCCUGGAUACGAUCCCAUCGCUGCUGAAUGCCUUAAGGAUGGUUUGGAUUAUUUCGCGGCAUUACAACAAGGAUGAACGCAUGGUCCCCCUCAUGGAGCGGAUUGCUUGGGAGAUUUCGGCAAGAGUUGCUAAAGUGGUGGAUUUACGAACUUUGUUCAAAGAAGACAGACGACUUGCCAAACUCAAGAUGAAAGAAGCUAAGCAAACACUUGAAAUUUGGAAGGAGUGUUAUUUUGACGUCCGUGCCAAAAUUGAAGCUUCGGGAAGAGAUGCACGGUGGGAAUUCGAUAGGAAGCGUUUGUUUGAAAGAACAGAUUAUAUGGCUACGAUUUGUCAAGACCUGUAUAACGUCUUACAGGUUAUAGAGGAAUUUUACAACAUAUUUGGUCCUGAAUUGAAAUCUGUCACGGGGGAUCCAAAACGAAUUGAUGAAGUCUUACAAAGAGUUGAUGGCCUUGUCAGACCUAUGGAGGUUCUGACUUUUGAUCCUUUCAACAUCAGAUGUGCAACUCAGUGGAAGAUUGCAAUGGAGGAAUUUAGGCUAGAAGUUGUGGAUAUAGAAAAAGAAGCCAAGAACUUCAUUGAUGAGUCAUUUAAGACUCUUCGUUCUGCAGAAGCGGCCUUUGACAUGCUCUUAAACUUCAAGCACAUCCGCUCUCGGGAAACCAUCAAUAAGCAGAUGAUGAUGAAAUUCAAUGACAUUCUGGUGCAGUAUGGUAAAGAGCUUGCGAUAGUUAACACCCUCUUUGUCAGUAAGCAAAUGAAUCCACCCUUGUGCAAAAAUCAUCCUCCAAUGGCAGGGGCAAUUUAUUGGUCACGGUCCCUGUUCUACCGUAUCAAGCAUACCAUAAUUCGAUUCCAAGAAGUAGAUGAACUUCUGAGUACUGAACGUGGAAGGGAGGUGAAACAAAAAUAUCUUGAAGUGGCAAAGAGGAUGAAAGCAUAUGAAGAUCAGAAAUACGAGCUAUGGAGAGAGACUACAGAAGAGAAACUUCCCCUCCUGUUGAAAAAAACUCUGCUUGCUAAAAUGCAUCCUUCUGGAGCUAUUAUUCAGUCAAAUCCAGAGUCCCUGGAGCAGGGCCUGUAUUUUGAGGACGUAGAGACUGGAGAAAAAACGACACGUUUCACAGUCAACUUUUCUCCCAAGCUUCGAGAGAUCAUCAAUGAAACAAAGUACAUGGAACACCUGGGGUUUCCUGUGCCUGAAAUAGCAAGGAACGUGGCCUUACAGGAGGACAGAUUACUCAGGAAUACAGACAACUUAAAACAUAUGUUGGAUCGCUAUCACCACUUGAUAGCAACCUUGAAUGAAGCAGAGGCUCAGCUUGUGGAAGAUCAUGUUCAAGACCUUUGGCGAGUUUUCAGACCUGGUUACAAGAGGCUCAACUGGAACUCUUUAGGUAUUGCGGAUUACAUUGCACGGUGUACACUGGCCAUUGACAAGUUUGAAUCCCUCAUUCAUCAGAUCCACAAGAAUGCUGAAGACAUAUCCAAUAAACUUUUAUUAAUAGAGACAACCAAUCUGUUCAAAAGCCCACCUUCCACCGAUGAAGAUUAUCUUCCAGGGGUAAAAGAAUACUUUGAGUAUGUUAAGCAUGAAAGAUCCAGAGAUAUUGACCACAUGGCUCGCAAGUACAGUUCUAUCGGUCCCCUGCUGACAAAAAUGGAGGGGCUGGUUUCAAAUACAAAUACAGGCAGAGCCCCGAGACUUGUUCAUUAUUAUGCCUAUUGGGAAAAGAAGAUCUAUCAGAGCCUGACAAAUCUUGUCCUGAAGAAUCUACAAUCUUUCAAUGCAGCAGUGUCAAGGCAUACUCCACUUUUUCAAACAGAAACCAUUUUAUCUGCUCCUGAGAUCCUCCUCCAGCCAAAUGCAAAUGAAAUUGAAAAAAUGUGUAUGCAUUGCAUUCGAGAUUGUGUGGAUGUUACCAAGCAAUUUGUUCGUUGGAUGCAUGGCACUUGUAUCGACUGCCCACCACAGCAAACCCCAGAUAACGAGACCGUCAUCUUUAGCUUUUUUAACGAUAUCUCCCAGAACCCUUUAAUCAUUGAACAGGCCAUCCUCAUUACUCAGAACAUGCACAAGAUCCUGAGCUCCCUCUCAAAAUACUUGAACCGCUGGAAGCGGUAUCGCCCUUUGUGGAAACUUGACAAGGCCAUUGUCAUGGAGAAGUUUGCUGCCAAAAAGCCAGCCUGUGCCGUCUUUGACGAGAAGUUGCAGUUCUACACGAAGGUUGCCGUAGAAGUGAUGCAGCAGGCCAUGGUAAAAGAUGAGAAGUGUGUCCGCCUUGCGCUUGCGCCUUUGGCUUUUACACUGCAAGAAAAUGCCAAAGGCUGGGUGAGUUCGCUUGGGAAGUUGCUCAAUGAAUCAGCCAAAGAGACACUUUACAGUCUCCAAGAAAACGUUGAGAGAUUAUCCCAUAACCUUGCAACACCUCCCAAUACCUUGUCAGAUCUCAAAUUUGUCCUGGGCACUAUUGCUGAGAUCAAAGAUAUGUCCCUGGAAGUGGAGCUCGAAUAUUUGGAUAUUCAGGAAAGAUACCGCACCCUUGCAAUGUACAACAUUCCAACAACAGAAGAAGAACGACUGCUGGUGGAUAAGAUAAAGCAGAUGUGGGACACACUUUUUUCUGACGCAUCAACAGUUGACCACAGCCUUGGGAGUAUCAAAAAGACUUUUACUGAGAUCACAAGAACCCAGAUUACAAAUUAUAGUAAGGAAAUUGAUGAUUUCUACCAGAGAUUUAUUACCGAAGGUCCUGGUUCUGUUGGUGACAAUCUUGAUAGAGGGUUGGAGCUUAUGGUGAUUUUUGAAAAAGAACUGGAGAAACAUGAGAAAAAUCGGCAAGAGCUGGCAAAUGCUGAGAAGCUGUUUGACCUUCCAAUCACCAUGUAUCCCGAUCUUAUUAAAAUCCAGAAGGAGAUGAAAGGACUAAGGCAGAUCUAUGAAAUCUAUAAGAUGCAACAGACUGCUAAAGAUGAAUGGUCUCAGACCCUGUGGGUGAACCUCAACGUGCAAGUGCUACAGGAAGGAAUUGAGGGGUAUCUAAAAUCCCUUCGAAAACUACCCAAACAUGUUCGAAGUAUGCCUGUGGCUUAUCACCUGGAAGUGAAGAUGAAGUCUUUUAAGGACUCUAUUCCUUUGCUGUUGGAUUUGAAGAAUGAGGCAUUAAGAGAAAGGCACUGGAAAGAACUGAUGAAUCGAACAGGUACAAGCUUUGAUAUGGCAACUGAAACAUUCACUCUGGAGAACAUGUUUGCUAUGGAGCUGCACAAACACACUGAUGUUAUCAAUGAGAUUGUUGGUUGUGCUGUCAAAGAGCUCAGCAUUGAAAAGGGAGUGAAGGAAAUUGUAGAUACCUGGGAGAAUAUGAAAUUUACAGUGCAAAGGUACUUCAAAGGCACGCAGGAACGGGGCUUCAUUUUGGGAGCAGUAGAUGACAUCAUUCAAAUCUUGGAUGACAAUGCCGUCAAUCUCCAAAGUAUCUCUGGAAGCCGAUUUGUCGGUCCAUUCCUGUCAACGGUUCACAGCUGGGAAAAAACGCUCUCCUUAAUUGGAGAAGUGAUUGAGGUCUGGAUGAUAGUUCAGCGAAAAUGGAUGUACCUCGAAAGCAUCUUUAUUGGUGGAGACAUAAGAUCUCAGUUGCCUGAUGAAGCUAAAAAAUUCGACAACAUUGAUAGGAUAUUCAAAAGGAUAAUGGCAGAAACUGUCAAAGAGCCUGUGAUAAAGAGGUGCUGUGAAGCUCCAAAUCGUCUUGCGGACCUACAGAAUGUCAGCAAUGGCUUAGAAAAGUGCCAGAAAAGCUUGAACGAUUACCUGGAUUCCAAGAGAAAUGCUUUCCCCAGAUUCUUCUUCAUAUCAGAUGAUGAGCUCCUCAGCAUUUUGGGCAGCAGUGACCCACUCUGUGUCCAGGAACACAUGAUCAAGAUGUAUGACAACAUAGCCUCCCUAAGAUUUCAUGAUGAAGAAGGUGGUACAAAGAUAGCCACUGCUAUGAUCUCAGCUGAAGGUGAAGUGAUGGAGUUCCGGAAAUCAAUUGUAGCUGAUGGUCGAGUGGAGAACUGGAUGACAUCUGUACUUGUCGAAAUGAGGAGAACCAACAGACUUAUUACAAAAGAAGCCAUAUUUCGGUACUGCGAGGACAGGAGCAGAGUUGACUGGAUGUUGAUGUACCAAGGCAUGAUGGUGCUGGCGGCCAAUCAAGUCUGGUGGACCUGGGAGGUGGAAGAUGUUUUUCGAAAAGUGAAGAUGGGAGAAAAACAGGCCAUGAAAAACUAUGCCACGAAGAUGCACCAGCAAAUCGACUCGCUUGUAACACGGAUCACCAAGCCCCUUAGUAAAAACGACAGGAAGAAAUACAACACUGUUCUCAUCAUUGAUGUCCACGCAAGGGAUAUAGUGGAUACGUUUGUCAGAGACAGCAUAAUGGAAGCCCGGGAAUUUGAGUGGGAGAGCCAACUGCGCUUUUAUUGGGAUCGAGAGCCCGAUGAACUUAAUGUGCGACAAUGCACAGGCACCUUUUCUUAUGGUUAUGAAUACAUGGGUUUAAAUGGGCGGCUGGUCAUCACUCCACUCACCGACCGGAUUUAUCUAACACUCACCCAGGCCUUAUCCAUGUAUUUAGGAGGAGCCCCUGCAGGCCCAGCAGGAACUGGAAAGACUGAGACAACCAAGGAUCUUGCCAAAGCAUUAGGUUUGCUUUGUGUAGUCACCAACUGCGGGGAAGGCAUGGACUUCAAGGCAGUUGGCAAAAUUUUCUCUGGCCUUGCUCAGUGUGGAGCUUGGGGUUGCUUUGAUGAAUUCAAUCGAAUCGAUGCUUCUGUGCUUUCAGUCAUCUCCUCACAGAUUCAGACCAUUCGAAAUGCUCUGAUAAACCAACUGAAGACAUUUCAGUUUGAAGGGCAAGAAAUUUCUCUGGAUCCUCGAAUGGGAAUUUUCAUCACAAUGAAUCCUGGCUACGCAGGCCGUACUGAGCUCCCCGAGUCUGUAAAAGCUCUUUUCAGACCUGUGGUUGUAAUUGUGCCAGAUCUCCAGCAAAUCUGUGAAAUCAUGCUGUUUUCUGAAGGGUUUCUCUUGGCAAAGACAUUGGCCAAGAAGAUGACAGUGCUAUACAAACUGGCAAGAGAACAGCUUUCUAAGCAACAUCACUAUGAUUUUGGACUUCGGGCUUUGAAGUCAGUCCUGGUGAUGGCUGGAGAACUGAAGAGAGGCUCAGCAGAUCUCAAUGAGGAUGUUGUCCUGAUGAGAGCUCUGCGAGACAUGAAUCUCCCCAAAUUUGUUUUUGAAGACGUUCCUCUUUUUCUCGGCCUGAUCUCCGACCUGUUUCCUGGGCUAGAUUGCCCUCGAGUUCGGUACCCUAAAUUCAAUGAUGCCGUUGAGCAGGUGCUGGCUGAAGGAGGCUAUGUUGUGUUACCUAUUCAGGUGGAUAAAGUUGUCCAGAUGUAUGAAACCAUGUUGACUCGUCACACCACAAUGAUCGUUGGCCCAACUGGAGGCGGCAAGUCCGUGGUCAUCAAUACAUUGUGUCAGGCUCAGACAAAACUAGGAUUGCUGACUAAGCUUUAUACACUGAACCCCAAAGCCAUGAGCGUAAUUGAGCUGUAUGGUAUCCUGGACCCUACCACACGGGAUUGGACAGAUGGUGUGUUGUCCAACAUAUUCCGGGAAAUAAAUAAACCCACUGACAAGAAGGAGAGAAGGUACAUCUUAUUUGAUGGGGAUGUGGAUGCACUCUGGGUAGAAAAUAUGAAUUCUGUGAUGGACGAUAACAAGCUAUUGACACUGGCGAAUGGGGAACGAAUCAGACUUCAGACCCACUGUGCCCUUUUGUUUGAGGUUGGAGAUUUACAGUAUGCCUCACCUGCAACAGUAUCGCGCUGUGGGAUGGUCUUUGUGGACCCAAAGAAUUUGAGAUACAGGCCUUACUGGGAGAAAUGGUCAAGCCAAAAGAACAAGCAAGAACAACAACUGUUAGACAGACUCUUUGACAAGUAUGUGCCAUACCUGAUUGACAUGAUUGUAGAAGGCAUUGUUGAUGGACGGCAAGGGGAGAAGCAAAAGACCAUAGUCCCACAAACAGACCUAAAUAUGGUGAUACAAUUGAGUAAGAUGCUGGACGCCCUCUUAGAGGUGGAAAUUGAAGACCCCGAUGUGCUCGAAUGCUACUUUCUGGAAGCUUUAUAUUCUUCUUUAGGAGCAUGUCUCCUGGAAGCUGGAAGAUCCAAAUUUGAUGACUUCAUUAAACGCCUCUCCUCUAUGUCAAUGGUUAAUGAUGAGCUGACUCUAGCAAAACCAGGAGAGCUUCCAGGCCAGCUUCCGACAUUAUAUGACUUUCACUUUGACGGGCAGAUGAAAAGGUGGAUGCCUUGGAGUAGAUUGGUCCCUGAAUAUGUUCAUUCACCUGAGGUGAAAUUUAUUGACAUUCUAGUUCCCACAGUGGACACAACCCGCACAACCUGGCUACUAGAAAAAAUGGUAAAAAUCAAGAAUCCUGUUGUUCUGGUUGGAGAAUCGGGGACCUCAAAGACAGCAACAACACAGAACUUUCUCAGAAAACUCAAUCCUGACACAAAUGUGUUGCUGAUCAUUAACUUCUCCUCCCGCACAACUUCAAUGGAUAUUCAACGGAAUUUAGAAGCAAAUGUAGAGAAACGGACCAAAGAGACCUAUGGGCCCCCGAUGGGAAAGCGUCUCCUUGUUUUUAUGGAUGAUAUGAAUAUGCCCAGGGUUGAUGAAUAUGGGACUCAGCAGCCCAUUGCAUUGCUCAAGUUACUUUUAGAGAAAGGUGCCUUGUAUGAUCGGGGAAAAGAGAUGAACUGCAAAUACCUCCGUGACCUUGGCUUUAUUGCUGCCAUGGGCAAAGCGGGAGGAGGACGUAAUGAAGUUGAUCCUCGGUUCAUUUCCCUCUUCAGUGUUUUCAAUGUUCCUUUUCCUUCUGAGGUGUCUCUGCACUUGAUUUAUGCUUCUAUUUUAAGAGGCCACACAGAGGCUUUUCAUGAAUCGGUGUCUGCAAUUGCCGACAGGAUGACAUCAUGUACGUUGGCCCUUUAUCAAAUGAUAGUCAGAGACUUACCUCCAACUCCUUCCAAAUUCCAUUAUAUUUUUAACUUGCGAGACCUGUCAAGGGUUUACAAUGGACUUGUUCAGACAACCCCAGAACGGUUCCAGACAGUGGGCCAGAUGGUGCGAGUAUGGAGGAACGAGUGCCUGCGGGUUUUUCAUGACAGGCUGAUUAAUGAAAUAGACAAAGCGCUGGUCCAAGGGCAUAUACAGGCUUUGAUUGAGGAUAAUUUCAAAGAUGAUGUAGAACAUGCCAUGAGGGAGCCAAUUCUUUUUGGAGAUUUUCGAAUGGCCCUUAAUGAAGGCGAACCUCGUGUUUAUGAAGACAUCCAGGACUACGAUGCAGCCAAAGCACUUUUUGAGGAGAUUCUUGAAGAAUACAAUGAAAUAAAUACUAAAAUGAAUCUGGUCCUGUUUGAUGAUGCCUUGGAGCAUUUGACCCGCGUCCAUCGUAUUAUCAGGAUGGACCGUGGUCAUGCUUUGCUCGUCGGUGUUGGAGGCUCUGGAAAGCAGUCGCUGGCAAGAUUAGCAGCUUAUACAGCAGGAUGCGAGGUUUUUGAAAUAGUUCUGAGCCGAGGAUAUAGCGAGAACAAUUUGCGGGAAGACCUCAAGUCGUUGUAUACCAAACUUGGAAUUGAGAAUAAGAUAAUGAUAUUCUUGUUUACUGAUGCUCAUGUAGCAGAGGAGGGAUUUUUGGAGCUCAUCAACAACAUGCUGACAUCAGGCAUGGUUCCAGCUCUUUUCCCAGAUGAUGAGAGAGAUGGUAUUUUAAGUCAGAUCACAGAUGAAGCCAUGAAAGCUGGCACUGCACCAGCAAAAGAAAGUGUCUGGCAGUACUUUGUGAACAAGAGUGCCAACAACCUCCACAUUGUCCUUGGGAUGUCCCCAGUUGGGGAGACACUGAGAACACGCUGUCGAAAUUUCCCAGGCCUUGUCAACAACACUGGAAUCGAUUGGUUCUUGCCCUGGCCAGCUCAGGCUCUCGACGCAGUUGCGAAAUUCUUUUUAGGCCUUAAUCCUUUGAUCCCACUAGAAAACAUGGAGGCAGUCGUUGAACACAGUGUCAUGGUCCAUGGUUCAGUAGGGCUCUACAGCAAGAAGUUUCUUCAGAAACUUAGAAGGAGCAACUACGUUACCCCAAAGAAUUUCCUUGAUUUCAUUAACACUUACUCCAAACUGCUGCAGGAGAAAAACCAGUUCAUUUUGGCUCAGUGCAAACGUCUAGAGGGUGGUUUAGACAAGCUUAAAGAAGCAACCAUUCAGCUUGAUGAACUCAACCUGAGGCUUGCUGAGCAAAAGAUUGUGCUGGCAGAGAAAACGGCAGCGUGUGAAGCCUUGCUCCAGGAGAUUGCAACCAACACUGCAAUUGCUGAGGAAAAGAAAAAACUAGCGGUGGAAAAAGCAGCUGAAAUAGAAGAGCAGAACAAAGUUAUUGCAGUGGAGAAGAAGGAAGCUGAGACAGCCCUGGCAGAGGCCAUGCCAAUUUUGGAGGCAGCAAAACUGGAAUUGCAGAAGCUUGAUAAGUCCGAUGUGACUGAGAUCAGGUCUUUUGCUAAGCCCCCUAAGCAGGUGCAGACUGUCUGUGAGUGCAUUCUCAUCAUGAGAGGCUACAAGGAGCUCAACUGGAAGAAUGCCAAAGGGAUGAUGUCAGAGGCCAACUUCUUGCGUUCGCUCAUGGAAAUUGAUUUUGAUAGUAUUACCCAGGCCCAAGUGAAAUCAAUCCGAGGGCUUCUCAAGAACUUAAACACAACCUUUGAAGAAAUGGAAGUUGUGAGCAGAGCUGGCUUGGGGAUGCUGAAAUUUGUUGAUGCUGUUAUGAGUUACUGUGAUGUAGCAAAGGAGGUCAAGCCAAAAAGAGAAAAGGUGGCCAGACUGGAGCGGAAUUUCUUCUUAAGCAAACGUGACCUGGAGAAGAUCCAAGCAGAGCUGACGGCCAUCCAGAAUGAGCUGAAAGCUCUGGGAGAUAAAUAUGAAGCGGCAAUAAGAGGAAAGCAGCAGCUCCAGGAGGAAGCUGAGAUUAUGGAACGGCGGCUUAUUGCUGCUGACAAGCUCAUCUCAGGCUUGGGAUCAGAAAAUAUCAGAUGGCUGAAUGAUUUGGAGGAAUUAAAGAGACGUCAAGUGAAGCUGCUUGGGGACUGUCUCCUGUGUGCCGCCUUCCUAAGCUAUGAGGGGGCCUUCACCUGGGAAUUUCGUGAUGAAAUGAUUAAGGACGUGUGGCAGACAGAUAUCCUGAUCCGAGAAAUUCCCCUCAGCCAGCCUUUUAAGUUGGAAAACCUGCUGACGGAUGAUGUUGAGAUUAGCAGAUGGGGAUCUCAAGGCCUGCCUCCAGAUGAGCUCUCGGUUCAAAAUGGCAUCCUCACCACCCGAGCGAGCCGUUUCCCAAUGUGCAUUGAUCCACAGCAGCAAGCUUUAAAUUGGAUCAAGAGGAAAGAAGAAAAAAAUAACCUGAGGAUGUCAUCCUUCAAUGACCCCGAUUUCCUUAAACAACUUGAAAUGGCCAUAAAAUAUGGGAACCCCUUCUUGUUCCAUGACGUGGAUGAAUACAUUGAUCCUGUGAUUGAUAAUGUCUUGGAAAAGAACAUCAAAACUGGCCAGGGCCGAGCCUACAUUGUUCUUGGUGACAAGGAGGUUGACUAUGACAACAAUUUCAAGCUGUACUUGAACACCAAACUGGCCAAUCCUAAGUAUUCACCAUCAGUGUUUGGCAAAGCGAUGGUCAUUAACUACACAGUUACUCUGAAAGGUUUGGAAGAUCAACUGCUCAGUGUUAUUGUGGGAUUCGAAAGACGAGAACUGGAAGAGCAGAGAGAGCAUCUCAUUCAGGAAACAAGUGAAAACAAAAAUUUGUUGAAAGACUUGGAAGACUCGCUCCUCCGUGAAUUGGCAACUUCAACGGGGAAUAUGCUAGACAAUGUUGACUUGGUGCAUACUCUGGAGGAGACUAAAGCCAAAGCUACUGAGGUUUCAGAGAAACUCAAGCUGGCUGAAAAAACAGCGAUAGACAUUGACAAACUCCGUGACGGCUACCGUCCAGCUGCCAAGAGAGGUGCCAUUUUGUUCUUCGUGUUGUCGGAAAUGGCUCUGGUCAACACGAUGUAUCAGUACUCCUUGGCUGCCUUCUUGGAUGUCUUUGGUCUCUCUCUUCGGAAAUCGAUACCUGACACCAUUCUGGCAAAAAGGCUGAAAAACAUCAUGGACACACUCACGUUCAAUGUAUACAAUUAUGGGUGUACAGGCUUGUUUGAGAGGCACAAGUUACUCUACUCCUUUACCAUGACAAUCAAGAUUGAGCAGGCGGAUUACAGAAUCCCACAGGAUGAACUGGAUUUCUUUUUAAAAGGCAAUAUCUCUUUGGAGAAAAGUGCUCGAAAGAAGCCAUGUUCGUGGAUUUCUGAUCAAGGCUGGGAGGAUGUCAUCCGCAUUGCGGAACUGUUUCCAGAACAAUUUGGAAGCCUCCCAGAUGACGUAGAAAAUAAUCCAGAUGACUGGAAAAAUUGGUAUGAUGUUGAUGCCCUUGAACAAGUCCCAUUUCCCAUGCAAUACAGGAAAAGCCUCUCCAACUUCCAAAAGCUACUGCUUUUACGUUGCUUCCGGGUGGACCGUGUGUACCGUGCCGUGACUGACUAUGUCACUCUCACAAUGGGUGUGAAAUAUGUCCAGCCUCCAGUGAUCAGCUUUGAAGCAAUCUUUGAGCAGAGUACCCCAAGUUCACCCAUCGUUUUCAUUUUAAGCCCUGGAUCUGACCCUGCCAGUGAUCUCAUGAAACUGGCUGAACGUUCGGGCUUUGGGGCAAAUAGGCUGAAAUUCCUGGCCAUGGGACAAGGGCAAGAGAAGGUUGCUCUGCAGUUGCUGGAGAAUGCUGUGGCCCGUGGACAGUGGUUAAUGUUGCAGAACUGUCACCUCCUGGUGAAGUGGCUGAUUGACCUUGAAAAGGCUUUGGAAAAGAUUGUUAAGCCACACCCUGAUUUCCGUUUGUGGUUGACAACUGACCCUACAAAGGGAUUUCCAAUUGGGAUACUCCAGAAAUCUCUAAAGGUGGUCACAGAACCUCCCAAUGGGCUCAAGCUGAACAUGAGAGCCACAUACUUCAAAAUAUCAAAUGAAGCACUUGAGCAGUGCCCACACCCGGCUUUCAUGUCCUUGGUCUAUGUUUUAGCAUUUUUCCAUGCUGUGGUUCAGGAAAGAAGGAAAUUUGGGAAGAUCGGUUGGAAUGUGCCUUACGAUUUUAAUGAAUCGGAUUUCCAGGUUUGCAUGGAGAUCCUGAAUACGUAUUUGACAAAAGCAUUCCAGCAAAAUGAUGACAAAAUCCCAUGGGGGAGCCUCAAGUAUCUUAUUGGUGAGGUGAUGUAUGGAGGACGGGCCAUUGACAGCUUUGAUCGGCGCAUCCUGACCAUCUACAUGGAUGAGUACCUGGGGGAUUUUAUAUUUGACACCUUCCAGCCCUUCCAUUUUUACUGUAAUGAUGAUGUUGACUACAGGAUCCCUGAAGGAGAGUCAAAGGAGGAUUAUGUUGAAGAGAUUGAGUCCCUUCCACUUGCUAAUACCCCCGAGGUGUUUGGCCUCCAUUCUAAUGCUGAGAUUGGAUACUACACGCAGGCAGCGCGGGACAUGUGGUCACACCUUCUGGAGCUGCAGCCUCAAACAGGUGAAUCUGGUACUGGGAUCAGUCGGGAUGAAUACAUUGGCCAGGUUGCGAAAGACAUAGAGAACAAGAUGCCCAAGAUCUUUGAUAUUGAUCAGAUAAGAAAGAGCUUUGGAAUGGACAUUACACCGACAACAGUGGUGUUACUUCAGGAACUAGAGCGCUUUAACAGACUCAUGAUCCGUAUGACAAAGUCACUGGCUGAAUUGCAAAGAGCUUUGGCUGGGGAAGUUGGAAUGAGCAAUGAACUAGACGAAGUGGCCCGUGCUCUUUUCAAUGGGCAAAUCCCAAACAUCUGGAGAAAACUGGCCCCUGACACACUGAAAACACUUGGCAACUGGAUGAUUUACUUUAAGAAAAGGUAUCUUCAGUACACCUCGUGGGUUGAGGAGGGUGAACCGAGCGUCAUGUGGUUGUCAGGACUUCACAUCCCAGAGUCAUAUCUGACUGCACUUGUUCAGGCCACCUGCCGGAAGAAUAGCUGGCCUCUGGACCGCUCCACCCUGUACACCCAAGUGACCAAAUACAGGACUGCAGAAGAGGUCACAGAGCGCCCUGGACAGGGAUGCUUUGUUUCUGGCCUGUACCUGGAAGGAGCCGACUGGGACCUUGAAAAUGGCUGCCUUAUCAAGAGUAAGCCCAAAGUGUUGGUUGUCGACUUGCCCAUCCUGAAAAUAAUCCCCAUUGAAGCUCAUCGUCUCAAACUACAGAACACUUUCCGGACCCCAGUGUACACAACAUCCAUGCGGAGGAACGCUAUGGGCGUGGGCCUGGUUUUCGAAGCCGACCUUUUCACUACAAAGCAUAUUUCUCACUGGGUGCUGCAAGGGGUUUGCCUCUCGUUGAAUGCUGAUUAGGAGCAGAACUUGGUGCAAAUUCUGUGGAUGGGGAAAUAUAUUAAAAGCCACACACAGAAUUCAUUCAGUUCCACUUGCUUUUACCUUUGGAAGACUAUUGGUUGUGAUUUUGAAGAACAUUUGUGUUUACCUAGCAUAACUCAAGAUUUUUACAAAUAUUUAAAUACUUUCAUUUGUUUGAAAAUAAAGAACUCUGUUUUGUUCAGCA